CCUGAUCGCCGUUGCUGGCAGUCGGGGCCUGUCCUCCCUCCUGCCCCCAUCCACGCCGCGUCGCCUCCGCCUCCAAAUAAAGCAAGCGCGGUGGCAGCCCACCACCAAAUCCCCCCUCCUCCGCUCUCAAAGCCGCAGGUCCCGAUCCCCUCCGCCCUGCCCCGCCCCGCCGCGACCGGACCCGGACCCCCGAGACCGGGCAAGUCACCUCUCUUCUUCCGGGGGGGGGGGGGGGGGAGAAAGGAGCCGGCGCCAUGGGGUUCUGGGAGGCCUUCCUCAACUGGCUCCGCAGCCUCUUCUUCAAGCAAGAGAUGGAGCUUUCCUUGAUAGGGCUCCAAAAUGCUGGGAAAACGUCACUUGUGAAUGCCGUUGCUACAGGAGGCUUUAGUGAAGAUAUGAUUCCUACUGUAGGAUUCAAUAUGAGAAAGGUAACCAAAGGAAAUGUCACAAUAAAAUUGUGGGAUCUUGGAGGCCAGCCAAGGUUCCGGAGCAUGUGGGAGAGAUACUGCCGUGCAGUUUCUGCAAUUGUGUAUGUUGUUGAUGCGGCAGAUCGAGAAAACAUGGCCAUUGCAAAAGGCGAGCUCCAUGACCUCUUGAGCAAGCCAUCUUUGACUGGGAUCCCUUUACUAGUCAUUGGGAAUAAAAUUGACAAGCCUGAAGCUUUCCCUAAGCAAAGCUUCACAGAAGUGAUGGGCCUGAAGACUAUUACUGACCGAGAAGUGGCGUGCUUCAUGAUAUCAUGCAAGAACUCGACCAACAUCGAUUCUGUCAUCGACUGGCUCGUGAAGCACUCAAAAAAGAAGAAUUGAUCUAAAUCUGUAGCUUUUGAAGUGCUCCAGUUUCUCUCCUUUUGCAUGUCGGUUAGCAUUGGGGCUGUAAAUUAUGCAGGAGGUAUUGAUCAGGGAGGUUGUGUUCAUAAUUUUGUUAACAUGGUUGGCAAUAUGAUGGUAGACUGCGUCUGGUAUUGUGCACGCUCGUGAUUGAUUGUUACAACAUAAAGGAGGCUGCACCCUCGUGUUGCAUACUUGCUUGGUCAAAUUUGAACUGAGUGAUUUGUUUUA